CGCAUCCAGACGAAAACUUCUGAGAUUCUUUGGACUGUGGCUUUUUUUUUUGAGACACCGCUGAAAAAUGUGUUCUGGAAAUUUUGCCAAAUGUCUGGGUAUCACCUUGAUUCCCUUGGCUAUUAUCGCUAUCCUCUGUAACAUCUUGCUUUUCUUUCCUGGGGGUGUGCCUGCCGGAAAAAGCACUGACAUCACUAAUGAAGCCUUCUACUUAGGAGGCCUUGUAGGCUCUGGUUUACUGAUGAUUUUCCCCGCACUGGUCUUCCUUGGCCUGAAGAACAACGACUGCUGCGGCUGCUGUGGAAACGAGAGCUGCGGCAAACGAUUUGCGAUGUUCACAUCCAUUAUCUUUGCUGCAGUUGGACUGGUGGGAGCAGGUUACUCCUUCAUCGUGUCCGCAGUAGCUAUCAAUCGUGGACCCAAAUGCUUCCUCAGUGACGGAAACGUUACGUACCCUUUUUCUGAGGGUGACUAUCUAUCCAACAAAACGAUGUGGUCCGAGUGUGAGAAACCUAAUGGAAUCGUAACUUGGCAUUUGACCCUCUUCUCCAUGUUGCUGAUAGUCGGGCUCGUGCAGGUGGUUCUGUGUGCUUUCCAGGUCAUCAACGGUCUGUUCGGAGCCAUCUGCGGAGACUGCUGCGGAUGCUGUGCGGAAUCUUAAGAAGUAAGAAGAUUGCUGAACAUCAAUCCUGAGUCUUUAGAAACAAUUUUUUUCUUUUUCUAUUUUUUUGUUUCCAUUUUCUAUUUAUGAUGCAAUGUAUUUUUAUAUGAAUGUACUGAUAAUCUUAUACCUAAAUUAUAUCUUUUGCUUGAUGGAUUUAAGUCUCAUGAUGGCAAAAGACAUACACAGAGGUUAUACUGUUAAACAUGUAGCCUCAACAUUUUAAGUUAAUUGAUUCCUAUAGAGAAUUUUAUUUGUCAUUGUAAGUAGUGUAACAUCUGGCUAAAUCCAUCUUCCCUAAUUCCUCUCCUAUGUUAUAUUUAAAAUUUUUAAACCAAUGGACAAUAAAUUUUAAGACAGGGCAUGCUGAGCUUAGAAUACAAAUCUUUUACUAGCAUUUGGAUGUUUCAUCAAACUGAACAGGAAAAAUAAAACAUAUUGAAACCUGA